ACAAACUAACAUUUUGUCUCAGAACAUCAACAAUUCUCCUGUCAUUUCCAAAUUGAAAGAAAGAUAAACCUGAAAACAAUCAUUUCCCAAGUUUGUUGCUUUAUCAGUACUCUUUUCCUCAACAAAUAAAGGUUCCAACAAUGAAAGUGAAAGUGUUUGGUCGCUUCAAAUGCAAGCUUUUCAAUCCAUGCAAGAAAAUAGUAAGGUUGUUCAAGUUCAGACUCAGAAAGCCCCUCUUUAUAAGAAGACUUAAGUUUUGCCGUUCAGUACAUAAGACUGAACGGCUAAGAAGAAGAGGGAGAGAGGAGGACCAAGUCAUGGAGCUCAAGAGUUUCUCAGAAGUGGAACUUCACAACAAAGCACCAUUUCCAUCACCCCUCACCCCGGCUUACGUGAGAUUGAGUACAGCAACUAGAAAAGAAGUGCCAGUUCUGGAUGAUGUGGAAGAUGCAUGCAGGAGCUUUGAGAAUUAUCUGGUGGAGAUGAUUGUGGAAGAGGGGAAAAUGAGGGAUUUGGCAGAUGUGGAAGAAUUGUUGUACUGUUGGAAGAAUCUCAAAAGCUCUGUCUUCAUUGAACUGGUGAGCAGGUUCUAUGGAGAGCUAUGCAGGGAUUUGUUUUCCAAUAGCUACGAGGACAAUGUUAACACCCCAAAGAGACUCUUAUAAUGAAACUGUUUUAUCUUAUUGUUUGAGCACAACUCAUGUCUUUAUAUUUACAAC